GUGGGAUACGGCUCCACCCCCACAUUAUAGUCAGACCGACACAAGCAGUGAAAUGUCUCAACAACAAAUGUCUCUUUUCUCUGGCAUGGAGGCCAUUUUCCGCAAAAUUGCAGAUAGCAUGAGUUCACGACAGAGCUCUUCAUCUAUUCCAACAAUGCUGGUAUCUUUUGAUCCAGAUGCCCCUGAGUCCGAUAUCACCAAUUGGUGCACGUUAAGCGAAAUGAUUAUUGAAAAAAGGAAUAUAGAAGGUGUUGACCUGAUCAUCGCACUUACACACUGCCUUAAGGGCCGUGCUGCUACCUGUCUAACAAAAAUACAACCUGACAAAAUUUCUUGGCCUGCCAUCAAGGACAUGCUUAUUUCCAAUUUUUCCAAACCCAUGAUGAUGCAAGAUCAUUUUGACCAAAUAAUUAAGUUUCGCCUUGGUAAUAAGGACAGCCCAGCCGAGGCAGGCUUGCGCCUUUGGCGACUUAUAGAAAAAAUUCCUGACGCUAACUUACCCGAACACGUUAUCACAGGUUUCGUGGUAUCAGUUUUAUCUCAAUGCAACGAUACAAUUCGGCUUGAACUUAAUUCUGUAGUCGUGAACGAUAAGCACCAACUCUUCCGUAUAUUGAGAGGUUUCACACUUAAAAGUUGUAAUGACACUUCUGAAAUUGAUACUGCUGGUUCUAGUACUUUGACUGCAGAAUAUGUCAACUAUCAUGCUACUAGGUCAUGUACAAGUUCAACAGAUUCUGUGAAUUCCAUUUCCGUAUAUUCUGAACCUAUAUAAAUAUUGUAACACAAGCUGAUGCUAAUGAUAGUGAUUAACUCAUGUUUCGCAAUCAUUUAUUGUAGGGCAUAGCCGGGCCAAUAAUGACUAAGUAAAAAAAAAAAAAA